UAUUGUUAUAUAAAAAUGAAUAUAGGCUGAGUAACCUUCAAGAAAUGCAGGAAGUGGGACUCUACCUCACCGAUCUUUGUCUUCAUGAUAGCAGUAGAGAAAUCGUUCUCGCUGGAUGGCAACAUGGAGCAAGGCUAGAGAUUUCAUACGAGAAGCAAGAGCAGCGCAGUAAAAAACUGGAACAGAAUCUAAAAAUGUUGGAUGAAUGGAAACAGAAAGGUGACGAUUUGCUUUAUUCUAUGAUUCCUAAGGCUGUAGCUGUGAGGCUGAGGAACGGGGAGGAUCCGAUUGGAACGUGCGAGUCAUUCGAUGAGGUGACUGUGCUUUUCAGCGAAGUCGUGGAAUUCUCUGAGCUUUGUGCUAGACUCACAGCCAUGGAAGCUGUUACUUGCAUCAACGAUGUUUUCUCUCUGUUUGAUAAAGUAACGGACGCAUACAAUGUAUUUAAGGUUGAGACCGUCGGUCAAGUCUACAUGUUAGUAAGUGGAGCGCCGGAGAGGAGGCCAGACCACGCCCAGAAUGUUGCAAAGGCAGCUUUGGACAUGGUUGCUCAAGUCGAUCAACUGACUUCUACUUACGGAGGCGAGAAAGUUAUGGUUAGGAUUGGUAUGCAUUCUGGUCCCGUCGCAGCAGGUGUUGUUGGCCUGAAAAUGCCAAGGUAUUGUCUUUUCGGAGACACUGUCAACACUGCAGCUAGAAUGCAGACGCAUGGAGAGCCUGGGAAAAUUCACGUAAGCGAACCUUGUAAAAAUCAUCUGAAAUCCGAUUCCUUCAUCACAGAACCAAGAGGUCCCAUGAAAAUAAAGGGUAAAGGCCAAAUGAAUACGUUUUGGUUAAUAGGUGAAAAACAAGAUACUUGUUGACAGUAAAUAACAGAUGAAAUAUCGAGAUUGUAAGAUUUCUAUUGUAUAUUGAAAUAAUAAAAACGAAUCAUUUUAUCAAAAACAAAA